AUGGUUCCUUUUGAAGCACUGUAUGGUAGGAAAUGCAGAACUCUAGUAUGUUGGGAUGAAGUUGGUGAAAGAGAGUUAUUGGGUCUCGAAUAUGUCCAGAUUACUGCUAAGAAAGUAAAGAUAAUUAAAGAAAAGUUAAAGACAACCCAAGAUAGACAGAAGAACUAUGCAGAUAGACGCAGAAGAAACCUUGAAUUUGAUGUUGGGAUAGAGUUUUUCUGCAAUUGUCUCUAUGGAAAGGUGUUAUCAGAUUUGGUAAACGAGUAUAUUCCAGAUCCAUCUCAUGUUUUGGAAUCACAACCAAUAGAGCUGAAGGAAAAUCUUACCUAUGAAGAAGAACCAGUUCAAAUAUUGGAUAGAAAAGAACAGGUCUUGCAUACUAAGACUAUUCCCUUGGUUAAAGUCUUGUGGAGGAAUCAUGCUAUAGAAGAAGCGAUAUGGGAAAGUGAAGAGCAUAUGCGUUCUCAGUAUCCCCAGAUUUCCGCGCAACAGUUGAGAAUUUGGGCAUCUUUUGGAGUUAAGCAUUGA